AUGGAGACCAAACAUCCGCGACCGCGACCGCCCAUGGAGGACAUUGUGAGUCCGACCCUUGAGGAUCUCAUCCAUCUAGCAUUGCGACGAAUGCGGUACCUGGUGGCCCCGGACCUGGACAACAACCACCCUCCACCCCUCUUGUUCCCCCUGGCCGAAAGUAUGCGCGGGAAUCCCUUCACCGUCGAUGAUUGGGACACGUACGGAAAUCUCGAGUCCGAGUAUGGUCGAUUAACAUAUUUGAUUUCUGUUUACCCUGAGCGGGGUGCACCCUUCGCCUGUGAGGAGGUGUUGCUCGAUCUCCUGCAGCGGCCGAGCUUGCUGACGGAGUGGCCCAACUUUCUGCCUACACUGAUAGCUCAUGCACAAGCAACCGUGCAUGGUGUGGUCCAGAGGAUGGUCAGCAGCUCAUCCAACCGGACACGAUCCGCAAAGUCCGACUACGUUGCUAUACCCGUGGAUUACAAGGCGACCUCGUCAGCACGCACCAUCGCGUUGCAGCUCUGGAAACGCUCUCUAGGUGAGAUGGCGUCGCAGCUGGGGAGGGGGCAUUUUGACGGAGCAUUGGCGUUUUUACAAAUCCAUGCCUUUCUCAAGGACCCAAUCUAUGGACUGUCGCGGCCGUUCUCGCUGCAGCAGUUCUUUUUCAGUCACCUGUUGGGGAAAUGCAUGGCAGCCACUAGGGUGGACAUCCUGCAUGCUAAAGAUCUAGAACGGUUGGCCGCGCAAGCCGCUCAAGAGGCCUCGUAUCUGGCCAACCCGUUGCUGCAGCGGCUCACUCUCGUCCACUUCAACGCACACCAUCAACUUCCCUACGUGAAUGUACCCUUGGACCGAUUGGCUCGAGCGGAAUUUUCAGUGCCAAUGCAUGUCCUCGAAGUCGUGGAGGAGAUGCUCGGGGCGGUUGCCAUGAGCGAUGGCCAGGCCUGCCCCCUGGUCCCGAUCCUGGUCGCCACAUAUCCGCGUUACGCCCAUGACGACCAAUGGCUGAUCCCUAUCAUAGACGGCAAUCACCGUGCCACCGCGACACUCUUGCUCCGAUUUCUAGCGACACUGACACUGCCCGUCGACCGUCAGGCCAUGUUAGAAGGCCUGCGAGGCUACUGCACAGCCCAUCACCUCGGUCGGAAAUGGCAAAUCGAUCUCUGCGACGUAGUGACGGAGCUUCACUCCCCGACCAAUCGAAAAAUGUAUGACCAGAUAACGAGCCAAGCGGCGCUCGUACGAAAAUUUGCUUGGGUCAGGUACAUCCCUGCACUCGUCGUGCAGGAGGAUGACUUCUACACAAUCUGCAAACAGCGAUCUGCAGGCAAGCAUAAGCCGGUCUUGUUACAUCCGUAUCACCAGGCUCUCUUUAAUGACGACGACAUACCUAUCGCAUUACCGCAAAAGGCAGGACAGACACAUGGACGACCCGAACCAUUCAGACUUAUGUCGCUGACUCCAUUUGGGGGCGAACAUUCCGGCGGCGUCGAUGUCGGUGUCGCUCGAAUCUGUCAGGCUAAAGUGCGACCAAGCAUGAAUGGCCUCGCCCAAGAACCUCAACCACAUGAGAAAGUGCAGCAGCACCGCGCAUGGUCUUGUGUCGUGUCUUGA